GUGGUCACAGCGAGAAAGACCCAGGGAAAUAACCUUGUGCUUCCCUAUCUCUAGAUCUUCCGGACCAACCCCAUUCCCGGACUGACCAGCUUAUCCCAGACCAUUUCAGUCUCACUUUUCACGCACUCGUGUCCCAGCCUGUACACGGUAUCCACUACCCUCUCUUGCGUGCUUGGAACGUAUCGGCCAGCAGACAUCGUUGGUGGGAAGUGUGGUUCCUGACGGAGCAUCCUCGCUGCGCAUUGCCAGCGAGCGGCACCGUUGCUCGUUCUCACAAACUCAAUCACGCGCUAGCUGAGCCCAAAGUGGGUUUGAUACCAUGCAGUCGUUCUCUGCGGACUUUACCGGUACAGACGGCGGCCCUCCGUCCACGGAGGCAUACAAGAGAGCUGUAUACAAGCAGCCUCCGAGGCACUUUGCAGUGGAGGUUCUAUCCCCACAAAAGCAUGGCAAUGCAUAUAGCUAUGGAAUGCUCAUUUCACCCAUCCAGGAUAGUCACGAUCGGAGUUCCAUCAUUUCACGGCAUUCGAACAACUCAAAUGGCUCUUCUGGAUCUAGCAAUGGCUCACGAGUGGCCUCAACAAUCUUUUCUACUCUCGAUACGUCAACGACUGCACCCCUAACGACUGAUUACGAAGUUUGGAGGCGGUGGGAGGACUGUCUAUAUUUUCAGGAUCUCCUGGAAGUCGAGUACGGAAGAAUGUCGCGAGAAAAGCGAGCUAGAUUACACGCUGGAAAGGGUGUCAAGAAGAAUGGCAAGUAUGCACACGAGGAUCCAAUACGACGGCUACAUCGCGCAGCAUCGUUUGAGUCUCUUCCACCCGGCCCGGAUCCAAACUUGAUUGCCAAAGACGUUCACGAGGUCCUUCCGCGUCUAACGAAGAAAGGCACGCUAUUUAGAGCGAGCAAAGAGACUAUCGAACAGCGUGGAAGGGAGUUCAAGGCACUCAUCGAGGCGCUACUCCGUGAAGGAGAUGACGUGCCAAUGUUAAUUCAGGAACUGCGCCAGCUCCGGGUCGUCCGGGAUUUCUUUGGCUUCUGGCGCCGAGAUCAAGAUCGUCUUCAGAAGCAAUUUCCGAAAGGUCAGGACGGUGGCGACAAAUUUUCCCUACAUGGACGUUCAGAAUCGCUGGGAUCCCGCGCAUCGAGUAUCUUCAGCAGCGCAGGUGGGACGGGAAUGUACUUUAGCGCGAGUAGUCUAACGUUGCAGUUGCCGGCAUCAUCGGUUGCACCUGAACAGUCGCCGACGCACAAAGGACCAAGGCGACCAGCAUUUAUGCAGAACGGAAAGGGAGCGAUGCUGCCGGGACCACCCUCGAGCAGCGAGCUUGGUGCUGGCAAAGAACCUGCUUCACCUCGCCGGCGAGCGCAGUCUAGUGUUGACCAUCCUUAUCGACCCAGUGUGAGCCCUUCAUCGAGCAGUGCAUUAAAUGCUUAUCUCGGAAGACCACCUGCUUCGGCUCCACCUGGGAUGACCUUUGCCAUGGGCGUGGAGAACGGUUACAACUCGGACCCAGCAAGCAUGCCGGGUUCCCCGUCGUCUCCCGGAGGUUAUUGGUCCCAACCGUCACCCGGUUCACCACGUUCCAUACGGACAGUGCGUUCUUCCCAGUCACAGUCGGAUAGUCGCUCUAGCGAUGUCUCCCUGUCCGGUGGUUUCAGCUUGCAAGAAAAGGCAAUACAUGAGGCUGGUAGCGGGCCGAUUAUCGUGAGUUUAGAGGAAGGUGAAACUCUACCGCUCGAUGAGGAUGACCACCUGUUCGGCACUCGAGAGCAUGGGAAUUUUGCUCCUCAUGAGACUAUUGAGACAAGACUCGGCCGGUUACAUCGUUUGCAAGACUUGAUUAUCAAGGAGGAAGAUGAGCGUGAAAUCGAUGAUCAGCGAGAUAAUUGGCGCUACGACCAAGCACAUUCAGAUUACCAUACGUCUGGGUCUAGUUCCGGUCAUGGCUCAGGAAAAUCUGUAGAGUUAGAGGACGAGCGUCAUUCGCCUUCUCAGUCACGUCAAACCGCUGGACAAAGCAUGAACCGCCUCGGCAUGUUCUUCAGACCGCCCUCCUCUACCGAAAACGACAUCACAUCAAAAUAUGAUAACCAGAUUGAUAACAAUGCGGAACGCCCGAAGAGUCCUACAUGGAGUACUCGCUCACAGACGCCUGUGUCAUCAGCGCGAAUUGCGGCUGCCCAUGCGGAUGCGCUGCGGGCAUUGACGGGCGGACGCUCGUUGAGUCCGACGUCGUCGGCUAGGCAUUUAUCUCCAUCUGAGGCGUCUUCGCGCUCCUCCGUUCUCACUACGACCUCAGGUUCUACCAAUUCUGAACAUGCGCGCUCGUUUGAGACGCAAUCUAUCGUAGAUGACCGGCCUUAUUCGUACCAGAGUUCGGUUACGUCCUGCGUAGAUAUUGACAGACAUCUCACAUCGUCUCCUGUUGUCCUCCACUCGCCUAUUGAAGAACUCGACGACGACUGUGACUAUUCGUCGGACCAAAGACAGAGUACUUCGACGACGCAGUGGCGAUCACACGAUUCUACAGCCAGUGUUCGGACGUUCAUGACAGAAACCUCGAUGGAUAUGAUCAUUCCGCCUCGCGAACAGCGUCCCAUUUCUCCACGAGCAAUGCAUAACUUGGUUACCAAUGGCGCUCCCUGGCCGCAACAACGCCCAACCUCUCCUGGUUAUCCAGUCAGCAUACGAGAUUCAGGCAUGACCAUACCUUCAACUUCCGACUCCUUCGAUUCCCGCUCCAUCUCGUCCAUCAGCCCUCCACCAACUGCCAGCUCCUACGCACCGUCUAUAACCUCCACACUUUCAGAGGAAUCAGGCGCUAACGCCGUCUCCAUAAAAGUCGUCUGCGGCGAACACAUCGUCGCAUUCCGAAUCGAUCGCUCAAGCUCGCUCGUGGACGUACGGGACAAACUCCGUCGUAAACUUGCAGAUCAACAGAACGUCCUUCUCAUGGAUCACUUUUCUCUCGCAUAUAAGCCACCUGGUCCUGGUCGUGUGCAGGAGCUGCGGAAGGCUUUUGCAACUGGCCGGGCACGUUCGAGCUCUGCAUCGAGUGUAGGGAAGACGGAUCUGAAUUCGUUGAGGAUCUUGUUUUCUCAGAGAGAUUGGCUUGAUGCUGUUGGGUCUUGUCCACCCGGAUCGAAGGUUACGCUUCAUGUUUUGAAUCGAUGAAAAUAUGUUUGUAUCUUUUCUUGGAUAUCAUUUCAGUAUGUUUCGUGUAUGCAUUACCAAACUUUUCUCGUCGUACUAUACCAUACCACAUCAUUGUCCAACAAUAAUCCUUUCGACCUUCGAACGUCAAUUUCUAUCAGCUUGUUUACUUUUUCUACUUUUGCUGUAACCUCCGUAUCUCCC